UCCGCCGGAAGGUUGAUGCGGAAGCACGCGCACGCAGCACGCCUGCGCAGAGCCCGGCGUUUGUUUUCCCUGUCGCGCGGGAAGCGGCGUGCGGAGCGGAUCUCGUCGGGAGAUGCUGUGCUGAUGGCGUCCGGGAGCGGCUCGGAUGCGCCGGAGCCGGCGGCGGCUCCCGCAGCAGCGGAAACCGAGGAGGAGAUUGACCAGCGGGUGAAGAGGCGGCGGCUUCAGUGCAUGGGGUUUGCGUUGGUGGCGAAAUGCGAAACCACGACGGCCCACACCUUCCUGUCGGAGAACGACUGGCAGAUGGACAAAGCACUGAACGCCUACUUCGAACCGGCAGAGAACGACCCUGCGUGGCCACGCCAGCCUCCAACGUCCUUCCAAUCCGAGGCCUAUGUUGAUCUAACCAGCGAGGAUUCAGAUGAUACCACCAUUUUAGAAACCAGUCCAUCUGGAACUCCUCUAGAAGACAGCAGCACUAUCUCUUUCAUUACCUGGAAUAUUGAUGGAUUAGAUAGAAACAAUUUGCCGGAGAGGGCUCGAGGGGUGUGUUCCUCCCUAGCUUUGUACAGUCCAGAUGUGGUAUUUCUACAGGAAGUUAUUCUUCCAUAUUGGGCCUACCUAAAGAAGAGAGCAAGAGGCUACAAAAUUAUUACAGGUAAUGAAGAAGGAUAUUUCACAGCUAUACUGUUGAAGAAAGGAAGAGUGAAAUUUAAAAGUCAAGAGAUUGUUCCAUUUCCAAAUACUAAGAUGAUGAGAAACCUUCUAUGUGUGAACGUGAGUGUUGGUGGAAAUGAAUUCUGCCUCAUGACGUCCCAUUUGGAGAGCACCAGAAAAUAUUCUGCCGAACGAAUGAGUCAAUUAAAAACGGUUUUUCAGAAAAUGCAAGAGGUUCCAGAUUCAACUACUGUUCUAUUUGCAGGAGAUACAAAUUUGAGAGAUCGAGAAGUUAUCAAAUGUGGUGGUUUACCUGCCAAUGUUUUUGAUGCCUGGGAAUUUUUGGGCAAACCUAAACAUUGCCAGUAUACAUGGGAUACAAGAAAAAAUACUAAUCUCGGGAUUCCUGCUCCUUGUAAGCAUCGCUUUGAUCGAAUAUUUUUCAAAGCAGAGGAGGGCCGCCUUAUUCCCAAAAGUUUAGACCUUAUUGGGUUGGAAAAACUGGACUGUGGUAGAUUUCCUAGUGAUCACUGGGGUCUCCUCUGCAACUUGAAUGUAGUGUCGUGAAAAGCUUUCCAAAUUUGAACUUUAUAUGUUUGCAGUAGUUCUGGAUUCAUGUAAAUCUCAAUCUUUCAGGAAAGCUAGGUAUUACACACAAGAAUUAACAAACUGGUUCAUUAGUACAGCAAAAGCGGUUACAUUUUGCUUUGCAGCUUGUGUCCUGAGAAUUAAAAAUUGGUGUUUGUAAUCAAAGCAUGCUUGCGUUCAGAAUGUGUGAACCUUUGUUGAAGGAAUACAGCCACUCAGCUCGUAACAGUGCUCAUUGCUGCCAUAAGGAUUUCAAGUAGUGGCCAUAUUGUCUCAGGGCUAAUUGUCACAAAACUACUGUUAGGAUUGUUAGGCUCCAAAAUAAUAUUACCAUUUUAUCAAGAGAAAAAGCAAGCUACUGAAUUCUUGAGACCGCACUGUGUCUUAGGAUCUGUGUCUUAGGAUUUGUAAGCUCAGAAACUUAAGUGAAAAAGCCAUGACCAUUUGCAUUAGAUGAUAUGUUGUAUAUCAGACUUAAUUCUUGUCAGCUGAUAGUAUAAUUGACUUAGUCAUGAGUUAAAUUUGCACUUUAAUUCCAAUAACUUCUGAUUAAUGUUAAUUUUUUCCUGAUAAGUGAUAAAGUUAAGUUUGGUAAUGAUUACAUGCAGCUUAAGCAACAUGGGAAUUUUUUCUCAGAGAAAAAUUCAUGUAGAAAAGUAACCUUUUGGUAUUGUUACUGGUAAAAUGCAAAUACUUUUUAGGAAGUGAAUAAAAGUACAUUUUUAAAAAAUGUUCUGUAAAGAAAAGAAGCAAUGUAAAUAAAGCAUUGUACUUGUUUUUA